AUGUCUCGACAUGGCGCCCCGUCUCGAGUGACGGAAUUUGAUGAGCGUGAUACUUAUUAUCGAGCGACAGCUCCACCGCCCGCUCAAGUUCGAGUAAGAGAGCGUGAUCAUGAGGAGACUAUUGACUUCAGUACCCGAAGAGGUCCAGAAAGACCUCGAAGACGUUCAUUGGAUUUCUUACGAGAUGAUUACACGCGAUCAGAACCAGGUCAAAUGGUCGUAAGAGAACGCGAAAGAGAAACAUUCAAUGACGGACCACUUGUGCGACGAGCAAGAUCUCCUUCUCCUCCACGAUUUCGUGAGAGAAUUGUAAGAAGUGAGGUUGGAGUACGAGAGCCUUCUCCACCAGCGGAGAGAAUCCGAACAAGAAUUAUUGAAAGAGAAAAGGAAACUCCAAGAUCUCCAUCACCCCCACCACAACUUCGCGCACGAGUUAUAGAGACAAGACAAAGAUUCAGAGAGCGUUCACCAUCUCCUCCAGCACCUUCUCCAGUUCGCAUUCGUGAGAGAAUCAUUGAGCGUGAAAGAGAGAGAGAGAGAACACCUUCCCCACCGCCACAAGUUGAGAGAAUUCACACUCGAAUUGUUGAAAGAGAGAGAGAGAGAGAACCUUCUCCAUCACCAUCUCCCCCACCAACCCCACCACCAGAGAUUAUUCGAGCACCACCCAUUCACCGAGAAAUUAUUACACAUCAUCGUCAUAUCGAUCACGGUUUCGAAAGAGCGCCAGCUCCAAGUCCACCCCCACCUCCCCGUCGUGCCCACACCCCUGCACCACCAAAAACCGAAAAGACUGAAAUCGACAUCUAUCGUUCCGGUAACAAUACGGAAGUUGAUAUCACAAAAACAAAAACCAGUGGUCGCGAAAAGCCUAUGUCACCUCCUCCACGAAGAGAAUAUUAUGAUGAUUCCAUCUUAUAUGAGCAAGAGCGUGAUAAGCUACGUGUUAGAGAUACCCGUAUUGAUCUCAGCAGAAGAAGAAGUUUGAGUGCUCGUCCUGACAAGGAGAGAGUAAAUCUCGAUAUCCGGGAUGAAGAUGAAGCUGAUUUCUAUGCCCGUAAGGUUCAAGAAAGAGCCGUUAUUGGUGAAGCAUUUAACGGUGCCACAAAAGAUUGGUCAAUCGUUGAUGUUCCUCCCGGAACUGAGAGAAUCCAACUAGAUGGUGUUGGGGGUGGAAGUCAAGAAAUCACUUGGCAGAGAUUCAAUGGUGUACGACGAAGCAAGUUCAAUCCUGAGCGUGAGCGCAAGAGAGAAGAACCUGAACGUGUCGAGAAGAGAAUCGAGAUCCGCGAACGUGAGCGAGAAGGUCCUAAUCGUACUACUGAGCAUAUCGAGAUUCGUGAGCGUCAAAGUGCUGCACCUUCUCCACGCGAAUCUUCAACCACCAUUGACAUCGAUAUCUCUAACUCUAGCAGUCGUAAACCACGAAGCCAUGCCAGUGGACCAACAUACGAGAGAGAAAGAGAAUACGAACGUAUUGAGGAAAGCUCUGAUCGUCAAGUUGGCUUCCCAUUACCUCGUGGUCCACCAAAGAAUAGGAUGGGUGAUUUAUGGACUGAAAUCACCAAGGACUUGGUCGCCAAGGAAGCUAUCGAGGAACUUGGUUAUGAUUAUGAAGAAACAGAAUUCUUCUAUUACAUUCUUCAAUAUCUCAGAUACCAAGAUGUCGAGGAACUCGUUGCCCUCUCCGAAACCGUCCGCCGCGAAAGACAAGAUCGCAUCCGUGAAAUCGAACGUGAACGCAUUCGCAUUGAACGUCGUGAAAAAGAACGCGAUGAUUGGGAGCGAGCAGAGCGAAGAAGAGAAAGAGAUAGCGGCUACGACGAUGAGCGAAUCAUCGAGAGAGAAAUCAUCUGGGAUGAUCAUAGAAGACGCGAGAGACCUAGCAGACGUUGGUAA